CCGCGGACUGACGACUUCCGAAACGAGGCUUAUGCGGGGAAACAUUUUUAGUAGGUGGUGUCCGAGUUUAUGAAACAGGAAGUGGAUGUAGGUUGAUUUAAACGAAAUGUUGUGUUGCUCGUAGAUCUAGAUGCAGGAAGUUGUGGAUAGUGAUAGCUGGAUCUAUUCUGUUUUGUUUUAUUAUUGUUAAACAUUGUAUGUCUCUGUACGUUGAACCUUUAAGUAGUUUGUUCCGGUAACUCCUUGGAUUACCUAAAAGUGGGAAUAAGCUGAGCUUAAUUAAAUUUGGUGCAAAUUGCAAGUAAUACCAAGCUUGUGAUAGCUGGGAACUCCCCAUUUUUUAGUUAACUGGCAGUGUGUUAGAUUCUUGUUGGAUAUUUACUGAAGCAAGUGUGUUUGCAAGUAUGGCCUCCUGUGUUCUCAUCACGGCCAUCAUAUGUGUUCUAAUCACCACCGUGGCCAUCAUUGUUGCGUUCGCUACACCCAACUGGGUGAAGUAUCAUAAUCAGGUCCCUGGCUCUGGUGUGUGCAAGUGUGGCGACUGUGACUGUGGCAUGUGGCUUCAGUGUGAAGGUGGAGUUCAGGACGGGUCCAUUGACAACUGCAAGUGGUAUUUUGCUGAUGAGUACAGGAUUGAGAGGGACUUACCCGACUGGUUCAAAGCAGUCCAAGGCCUGAUGACCUGCUCCAUAGCCACCAGUCUGAUAGCUUUGAUCAUUGGUCUCUUCUCUCUUUGCUGCUCAUGUAAACACUGCAGCCCACACCAGGCAGCCAUUACAUUUGUUUUCCUUACAUUCAUGCUGGUGACUGCGUCGGUCUGUGUGUUUGGAGCUAAAGGCUACAUGGACUACGGCUACACCGUGGUAGCAGAGGACAGCAGUGACAAACAGAAGAUGUUUGGCUGGAGUUUUUGGGUGGCUGUAGGCGCCGCUGGCAUGUCCCUGAUCUCAUCCAUCCUCUACCUCUGUGUGGACCGCAGUGAUAUUGGCUAUAUAAAUUAGCCAUAAUUCUGUUUUGUAUAUACAUUUUUUUAAGGUUUUCUAUUGCUUACAUACAUAAUCACUAUAUCAUAAUGAUGUCACAUGUCAUAAUUGUAAAAAAAAAUUGUCACUUUUUUGGAGAAGAUAAAAUACUUUUAAGAAGAAUUUUUGUGUGUAAAUAAAUGAAGUGUUUACUGUAGCUAGUUUUUGAAUAAUGAGGUAUAUUUUUAACAAUACUUAAAAUUUACUGUAAUAACAUGUAUAUAUAAAUUGAAAAUGUUUCUUGCCUCAUGGGCUCUGUCUCUAAAGUCUCUGUAAUAAAAUUUUUCAGCCAACUGAAUUGUUUAAAAAAACAUGGCAACUUUGAAACAAUUUUAAGCAACCUUCAUCAUUCUUUUUUUAAAAGGUGUCAGUGGUUUUGCUACUCUGAUUUUAGAAUUUUAUUUCCAAAAUGUCUUAUGUAUUGGCAGCUCUACAAUUUAAAAAAAAAAAAGAGCUAAUAUUACCAAUACCUUUCUUCCAUUAAAAUUUUUAUAUUGACAAAGAAGGUUUUUAAUUUUGGGGGCUGGUCCUUUCAGUGAAUGUAUGGAUUUGUUGUUAUGUGUUGACUCGCGUUUAUAAUGUUCUUUAAAAUGUCUGCAUGUAAGCAUCAGAAAGGGCUAUACCUCAAAAUGAUGUAACGGUCUUAUUUCUAACAACGUAAAGCCUAAUAUUGUUUUUUCAUGUUGGUUAAAGUAAGAGAAAUGUCAGUUGUACUGACAAGUCAUGUAUUUACCUGUGAACAGGUGUCUUGCACUGAUCAAUUAUUUAUUACCAAAAAUUCUUGUCAGUUUUCCCCCUUAUGAUUGAACAUAAUAGCCACCUGCUGUACAUUUUUCCUGGUAAUAAGCCAGAGUUCACUCCCCUUAUAAAACAAUCAGUUAUUUCUGAACUUAUCUAGUCAGAUUCUAAUAAAGAUAUUUCUUGAACUGAAAAUGUGUUAAACAUUUUUUAACCUGAGAAAGUAUUAAACAUUUUUUUAAAUUAAAUAUUUUCAGCUCAUUAAUAUAUAAUUUUUAUCUCCUAAUUUAAAGAACUGUGUAUCAUUUACAACAAUAUUUUUAAAAAUUAAUACUCUGUUGCUACCUAAUUUAUUAUUUCCAUACUUUCAUUUUUAUGAACAAUUCACUGAAUUAUUUAGUGGAAAAUAUUUUUUAAAAGUGUACAGUUUUAAAAUCAUUAUUCUAAAAUUGUGUUGCAAAUAGGUAGAUUUUUAAACAAAUUUUUAACUGAAGAGAAGCAAUUGGUUUUUAUUGAGUUGAAAUUAAAAAGCAAACCUGAAGCUAAACAUUUUAAUAUUUUCUCUUGAUACAUUUUCAGUGAGCAGUUUAAAAUAUUUUAAAAAUUGUAUAUAAAAUACUUAGCUUGUUGAUUUUUACACAAGAUUUUUUAAACAAAAGACUCAAAGCAAUUAGAACACUUCACAAAAUUUUUUCUUUCAAUCAGUUGGCACUUGUAUAUAAAACAAAUUUUCUUGUGACCAGAGUUUUACUGUUUGUGUUAACUUUAUUUGAAUAAUGUUAAAAGUUAUCUGUAUUAUAUGUAUUGUGUAACAAAAUAAAUUAGUGCUUAACUUUUAAAAAAUUAUAUAAUAAUAAAAAAAAAAUCACGAUUGUUUCACAUGAUUACUAGUCACACUAUGUUUGCUGUCAAGACAGUGUUUUAUAAAAUAAAAUAUUUUUAAUUGAUCCUCCCUUUCUAAACCAUAUCAGAUAUUGACCUUCUCUUUUACAAAGCUGACCUUCAUGUACCCAGAUGACCUAAUUAAUUCACCUGAACUUCUUUUCUUGUACUCAGCUGUUAUACACUGACCUACUUGUAUGUAGCUGACCCAAUUUAAUUUAUCUGACCUACUCUUGCACACAAAAUGUCUUGUUGACUAAACAGUGAAAUUACUUCCAUCUUGACAGGAGAGGCCAGACAGUUUAAACUUAUGGAUUUGUUUGCGGUAUUGAUUUUUAAAUUUUCUUGUUACAUGUUCCUAAAUCUGCAGCAGAAUAAUCUACAUUUUUCUUACUCUUGUUGAAAUGAAGUAAUAAUAUGUGUAAAUAAAUAAAAUAUAUAUUUAUUAUAAAGCUACUAAUCAUAUACAAAAUAUUCUCUAAUUAAUACAUGAUGGUUAUGGGGUAUUGUAUGUUGAAAUAUUUAUAUUUAAAGAUUUAUGAAUGAAAUGUUUUACGCAGCAGUUAUGUAGGACUAAUAUGUUUAAAUUUGAUAACUCAACAUAAAAAAAUAUUUUAGGCAAGUUAAUAUUUUAAAUGGCUGAUAAAAAUACCUCUCUGGGCUAGAAUUAUUUCGAAGUAGAUCUAUAUAUUUUUGAUGUUUGCAAACAUUGAAACCCAACUGCUGAGAUGCCUUAAAAGUGAUAGAUUAGAAAAAAAAAAUCAUGCAGCAAACUAUUUGUACUUAUGACUAGCAAUUUUUUGUGACACUAGCAAGGAAGUGUCGUCAUUCCAUUCUAUGAUAUUAACAGGUUUGGAGCUACUUAUAUUUUAACAUUUUUGUAUGUAUUUUGUCACCUAUAUUUUUUUAACAGUCCAUUGUUUUUAAAAAUAAAUAAAAUCACUCAA